AUGUUCUAUGAAGACGAGACGGCCACUAGCUGGUUUCUCAUACUUUCGAAUAUUCUCUGGGUAAUCGAGACGACACUGGCUGGGAUAGCUGCAUAUUUUUUAUUAGCGUAUAAGAAAGCCAGCGCGCCAGUGUAUCGGAAUUUGCAGCUGAACAUAAUGCUCGGCUUUCAGCUUGUCGCCACGAUGAAUCUUCUUGGCAAGCCGAUUCUGUUGCAAGGGGAUAUCGGAUACAUUUUGUUGAAUCCAUUAAGCUAUACCCCACUUUGGGCCAUGGUCGUGACUGUACUCUACCUCACCGGCGUAUACUACGCUUGCGGUUGCAUGGCCGCCCUCGGCAUCUACAAAAUUGAGAUAACACACCAGGACUUCAAAGUGGGCAAGACGAUACGAUGGCUGGUGCACCUUUUAUUUAUGCUGCUCAUUAUCGUUGGCUACUACGUAUAUUGGAGCGGUUAUUACGACGAGGUGUAUACAUUUGAUACCUUGAAUGGACACCUACGCGGCGUCAUAUCUGGCACCAAAACCCUCACACAGCUCUACUAUAUCGCGGUGUUUACGGUCGCCAUCUUGGCAGCAUUAUAUGUUGGCUCCCAGGCGCCGCUAUUCAUGGCCAUCCACUCCAUUUUCAACUGUCUUUUCGUCAUCUUUCUCUGCAAGGCCUAUCGGAAAGCAUUGUCUGACUGGCUUUCAUGGCUGCUUAGAAGUCAAAACGCAAAAUUGCGGCGCCUGAUGCUUCCAACGUCACUGCCG